GGCGGUGGCGGACCGAUGCCCGGAGCCGGCGUACCGCCAGGCGGUGCCGGUAUGUAUGCAAGUGGGCCGCGAGGGGCGGGCAGACCCGGGCCCUACUCCGCGCCACCGCAACAACAGCAACAGUAUAUGACACAAAAGAGACAGUACGCCAACAGUCAGGCGGUGCAACACUACCAGACCGGACCUGUUAUGCAAUCGUACGGUUCGGUAUCGCAAUCCACAGUGAAUUACACUACAAAUCAAUAUACAAAUAAUCAGGGAAUGCAAUACACGAAACAGCCGGGCAUACAAUCAAUGCAUCCGCACCCACAACAACACCCCCAACAGCAACAACAGCCGCAACCGCAUCCACACCCACACCAUCAGCACCCGGCGGCCGGUCAACAGUACAACCCCGCUAUGCAAUCCGUUCAGUCGAUGGGCGGCGGCAGCGGACCGGGAGGUAUGUCGGGCGCCGGCGGUUACGGUCCGAAUCCAGUCCAACAACAGCAGCCAAUGAAGGCCAGUAUGAGAGGACAGACACCGCAGUAUUCAAACCAGUAUUACGGCGCCGGCGGUGGCGGCCAAAUGGGCGGCCCUGGCGUCGGCCAAACGGGCGCCUCAGGACCGAUGAACAGCGCCGGAGUGGUGGCCGGUGUUGGCGGUCAUCACGUGGGCGGCAUCGGUGGCGUUGCCGGUGGCCCUCAGCCACACAAUCCCUCGCAAUCGCAAUACGAUCAAAACUAUGGCAAUUCACAGUACACUACACCACACACUCAUCCCAACCAAUUUCAUAGAGCCAUCAAUAACUAUCAACACUCACCCAUUCCGGGCAACCCUACGCCCCCAUUGACGCCCGCCUCCAAUAUGACCCCUUACCUGUCGCCCAACGCCGACAUUAAGCCAUCGUUUCCCAUCGUCGACACCAAACCCCGUCUCCAAACAAGAGACGAAGAGCUGAGGCUGACGUUUCCGGUGCGCGACGGCAUAAUUUUGGCGCCGUUCCGAUUGGAGCACAAUCUGGCCGUCAGUAACCACGUCUUCCACCUGAAGCCCACAGUACACGAGACACUGAUGUGGCGCUCGGACCUCGAGCUGCAACUCAAAUGCUUUCACCACGAAGACAGACAGAUGAACACGAAUUGGCCCGCGAGUGUACAGGUGUCCGUCAACGCCACGCCACUCAUCAUCGAUAGGGGAGAGAACAAGACAUCACACAAACCCCUCCAUCUCAAGGAAGUGUGUCAGGCCGGCAGGAAUAUGAUCCAGAUUACGGUCACCGCCUGUUGUUGUGUACGUAUCAGCGCUAUUGUCACCACCCAUUUGACCGCCAAUAAGCUAACCGCCCCGUGUCUUGUCUUUGCAGUCGCAUCUGUUUCUGUUACAACUGGUCCACAGACCGACCGUACGAUNGCGCGUUUGCCUCUCUGUCUGUAUAGAGACGAUUGGUUUUAA